AUGACACCCUUUAAGCCAAGUACAGAAUCUUCUCAUUCUGCUACACUCAUUGAUAAUAAAUUAUAUAUUUUGGGCGGAGUGGAUUUAAACAGUAAAAUGCUAAAUGAAUUUUUUUAUCUUGAUGUUUCUGUACCAUUUAAUACUCAAGAAUUAUCAUGGCAAGACUUAUCAAAUAUUAAUAUGGUUCCAAUACAUCAUUCUGCAGCAUCAGUUAAAGGUGGUCCGAAUAAUGAUACUCUAUUUUUAUACGGAGGUGGCACAACUGGUCCAAUACGUCAAAUAAUGGCAUCGGUUUAUACAUUUGAUUCACAAAGUAUUGUAUGGAGUAUUCCAAAAAUAGCUGAAGUUAAUACAAUUAGAAAAUGGGGUUUAACGGGCGUUAUUGAUUAUAAUGGAAAAGUUUACUUAUGGGGCGGAAAAAUGACCAAUGAAGUGUUUUCAAAUGAUAUGCUUAUUUUAGAUACAAUAAAUCCUAGUUGGAAUAAAGGAAGUAUAGUUAAUGCACCAAUUCCGAGAGCUUAUUAUGGUGCCACUUUAUUACCCAACAAUAGGAUUAUUUAUAUAGGUGGUUAUAAUGAUAAUACUGUUUCAUUCUACCCCAAAACUGCCUAUAUUGCUAAAGGUACUGCUUUAACAUUAAGUGAGGUCUAUAUAUAUGAUACAAUUAAUGACAAUUGGAACACUAAAACAACAUCAGGAAAAAUUCCUUCUAAUAGAGCUGGUCAUUCCACCAUUCUUGGUUUAGAUGGUCAAAGAAUCAUAAUGUUUGGAGGAUUUUAUAGUUAUCCUGGAUAUUUAGAUACCACACUUUACGUAUUAGAUUUAAAUAAUUAUAAUUGGUAUAUUCCAAAAAUUUCUGGAAAAAUCCCAAAGCCUAGGCUUUAUCAUAAAGCAAAUGUAAUUGGAAAAUAUAUGGUUAUAUCAUUUGGUCAGGGUUAUGAUAAAACAGUUGAAAGUGAUAUAUUAUUGCUUGAUAUUAGUAAUAAUGAUGAAUAUAUAUGGACGACAACAUUUGAUCCAAAAGUGCCAUCCCCACCGCCAUCACCAUCACCAUCACCAUCACCAUCACCAUCAACAUCACCAUCAACAUCAUCAUCAUCACUACCUUCGUUAUCACCUUCGCCUUCACCUUCAUCUCUAUCAUCACCAACUAAUGAUUCAGGCAAAAUAGCUGGUGCAGUUGUGGGAACUUUAUUAAGCGGUAUUUUAUUAUUAGUCGGAAGUUUCUUGAUAUAUAAAUGGAAUAAAAAUAAACAAAAACAAAAAACUAUUUAUGAAAAUGAAAAUGAUAAUGAUCAUAGUCAAGAAGAAAAGGAACUUCCCGCCAUAAGAGAUAUUCAUAAUUAUGAACAAGAGAUCAAUAAUAAUGAGCAAGAAAUUAUUCAAAUUAAUCAAAUACCUAGAAAUGAAAAUACGUCUAACAAUGAACCAAUAAUAAUUCCACCUCCAAUAAUUAAUAAAAAUAAUUAUCAUAAGCAAGAAAUUAUUCUAUCACCCGAAAAUGGAAAUACAACCAAUCAUGAACCAAUAAUAAUUCCAGUCAAUGAUUACUAUCAUGGGCAAGAAAUUGUGCGAACGUUCCAAAAUGAAAAUACGACUAGUAAUCACGAACCAAUAAUUCCAGAACCGGCAGUAGUUAAUACUAAUAAUUAUAAUUAUGGGCAAGAAGUUAUUUCAACACCUAAUAAUAAUAAUAGGAUAUCAACCCAAUUUUUAAAAGAUGAAAUUAUUCAAGCUAUUAAACAAGAAAUUGGUCAAAAUUUGAAAAAUGAAAUACUUCAAGCUGUUAGAGAGGAGAAUUUAAAUAAUUUUAAUGCUACAAAAAAUAAAUAA